UUGUCUCUUUCGUUUGACCUCCGGUUUGCAUGUCGAUCGCGAAACACUUGCAGUGAAAACCGCGCUUCAUUCUGAUCACGAAGCUAAAUGUUCUGAAAUAAGGUACGUUUGCUCGAUUGAAAGUCGAUCGCGAAGUAGUAUUACAUCUGCGGCAAACGUCAAAGUUGAAACAAUCCUCGAUUGGAAUUUCUGCUUUCCCGAGGAGAAAAAGGUGACAUUUUCAAGUCCGUGCAAUUCGAAGAAAAAUCCUAUCGCUAUAUUUCCCAUUGUGACGCUGUAAAAUUGUUGUUGCAGUUAUUCACGGCGUUGUUACCGUUUUAACACGUUCAUGCAAUGUUAGUUGACUCUCUGUCCCGCGAAGCAUUACGUUAUUUUUUUAGUAGCCACUUCAAUGUUGUGAUUAUUUUCACAUCUGAUUAAUUACAUCGUGGUCGAGUAAGGCGAGGAGGUAUCGUGAUCGCAUCAUGUUUUGGGCAAACAAUUACGUGUCAUCCCCUAAUAUUGAGGCCCUUCUCAACAAAGAGGAUGUUACGUUGCAUGAAUUAAUGGAUGAAGAAGAUAUAUUACAGGAAUGUAAAAGCCAAAAUAAAAAACUUAUAGAUUAUCUUACAAGGUCUGAUGUGAUGGAAGAAUUAAUAACACUUACAACUAAAGAACCAUCAGCAGACAUAGAGGAACGUUGGCGCUACAAAUAUCCAAAUGUAGCUUGUGAGCUCCUAACUUGUGAUGUUCCAGUCUUAAAUGAAAAAUUAGCAGGCAACGAAGCAUUGUUGGCAAAACUUUAUUCUUUUAUCGAUACAGAUCAACCAUUAAAUCCCCUUUUGGCAUCAUUUUUUAGUAAGACUAUCGGAGUACUUAUUGGUCACAAAACUCUUCAGCUUUUAGAGUUUUUGAAAAGUCGUCAGACAUGCGUCGAUCUGCUUUUACAACAUUUAGAAACAUCUGCAAUUAUGGACUUAGUACUGAAACUUGUUAGUCAGGUUGAAGGAAAUAUGCGGCAAAAUAUACUAAAUUGGUUGGAUAGUCAACAAUUAGUACAAAGAGUGAUAAAAUUAUUAUCCUCAAAUUCUGAAUCAACUAAGCAUGCAAAUGCUGCACAAUUACUUUGUGAUAUGAUAACUGCUGCGAGAGAAUAUCAACGUACAUGUACAGCACGCACUGGUCCAGAUCCUAUUUUAAAUACUCUUGAAUCAGCAGAUACAGUAAGCCUGUUACUAGAGACUAUUUUAACUGGAGAAAAACUAGAAAGUAGUAUUCUUGGUGGAAUUCAGGUACUUCUUACACUUUUACCAAAACCUAACAAUGGAAGAAAUGAGGAUAGUGUUCACGGGAAUGGUAUUGAAGAGGAGAUUACAGAUAGUGAAGAGCGUAUAAAGAUAUCAAAUGCAACUUUGCCUUACCUAGAACAACUUCACAAACUUCUACUGGAGCCACCUAAUAAACCUCCUGUUAAAACAACCACUGGCGUAUUAGAAUGUCCAGUAGGUAUUACGCGUUUACAUGUUGCAAAGUUAUUCACGACAUUAAUGGCAACCGAAAAUGUGAAGGUUUAUGAAGUCUUAAUAGAAUUAGGAACAUUCCAAACGUUACUCGAUUUAUUUUUUAAAUAUUCGUGGAACAAUUUUCUACAUACUCAAGUACAAUUUUGCCUGGCUUUAGCUAUUAAUUGUGAUUUUAAGGAUACAAAUGAUAUUAUUUAUGAUAAUAUAUUUAACAAAUGCAGAUUAAUAGAGCGAAUUUUGGAAGCAUGGGAUGAAAAUGAUAGUAAACAAAAUAAAGAAAUGAAAAAUAAACAAGGAUACAUGGGCCAUUUAAUAAACGUUGCAAAUAAUAUUGUUAAUCAACGUGAAAAAAGCGAAACUUUAGAUAAAUUUUUAAAGGAUAAUUUAUUACCUGAGUGUCUUAGUAAUUGGGAUAAUUUUGUGAAUAUUGAACUAACAAAAAUUAAUAAGAUUCAUCAAAUCCAUUUGGGUGGAAAACCCCAAACAUCUAUGACGAGUUCCACUGAAAAUCCAGAUGAAUAUAGUUCUUAUCCCCAAGAAGAAUUUCUUCAGGUUCAACGAGUAGAACAAUUUUACUCUAAUUAUCUGGGACAACAUAUGACGCCACAGUUUCCUGAAAAUUUUGGAUUCCAUGAUGAUCAAUUUAACGAUGGCGAUGAUGCUCUUCAUAAUUCAGUUGGCCAAUUAACAACAGUGGCCUUUACUAUCAGCGAAGAAGAUCUAGACAAAAGAGAGGAUAUGUUCAAUAAGAUAUGUCAGCAAAAACAAAAAGCAGAUUUAGAGGAUUGCAACCCAGGAGUAGAAUGGGGCGAUGAAGGAGAACUCACUUUUCAAACAGUGGUAGACAAACGUGAUUGGCCAACAAAACAGCAACAUAAUGAUUCUAAUUCAUCCGAUGAAGAUGAUGAAGAUUCACGAGACAUGCACAUGGAAAUUGAUUCUACAGAGCCUUGGCGUUCAAUGGAACCGUUACCAACCAAUCCUACAAUUCCUGAAGUGAAUCCAUGGGAUGUUGUAUCAUCAGAGCCAGUUGAAUCUACUGGUUGGGCAAAUUUUGACAAUUUUGAAAACGCUCUUAAUGUGGAGAAUGCUGUGAUAAUAGAUAAUAAAUUGUGUGAUGAAGGUAAAAAAGAAAUGUCGAACACAACAGUUGAGAACAAAAUGGAAACUCCGUUGGGAAGCAAAGUAACCGUGGAAGCCAUUGGAGCAGGUGACGUGAAAAUUGAAGAUACAGUUGAUAGUACAGCUUCAUACAUAGAAACAAAUAUAAAUCACCAAAAUACCGAAAGUAGUUUGUACUCUGGAUGUACUGCCGAUAAAAAUGCAAAUCCAAGUGAAAUUGUAGAUAGCAGAGAAAUCAAGUGCGAAGGAAACAUAAAGAAUGCGGAACUUGCGACUACUACGGUACAAAAUGAAAAAUCUUCGAGUGAUUAUACAAUUUCGUGUAGUUUAAAAAAUGUAUCACCGGAAGCUGUGUUAUCAUCGACAGAUACCAAAUGAAAAAUUAUUUGUUGAGUAUGAUAUUGCAAUAGAACAAAAAAAGUCAUAUCAAGUAUAAAUUUGUACGAAUGAUCAGAAUAUAUAUUACGUCCCUAUAUUUUCAUUAGAUCACAUUAAUUGUGCUUCAUUGCGUUGGCGCCUGGGUAACAACUCACAGCAGGGUAUAAGUAUGGAUUGAAAAGUAAAAGACUAACCGACGCUCAACUAUGAAUAGUAUAUUGAUGUACAUGUACAUGUUCUCGGAUCGCCAAAGUUUCAAUUAUAAAUACAAUUAACCUCGUGAAAUACAA